ACCACCUCUUCACAUCUCAGCCCUAGCUACCAAUCUUUCCUUCCAUUUUUAGCCAUGGCCAACAGAUCAUACGUCUUGCUCCUAUCCUUGCUAGGGUUAGCACUACUCCUUCAGCAACAUUGUGCCACUGCACAGCAAGUCCCCUGCUACUUCAUCUUCGGCGACUCCCUCGUCGACAACGGCAACAACAACCAGCUCCAAUCCCUCGCCAGAGCCGAUUACAUGCCCUACGGCAUCGACUUCCCCGGCGGCCCUACCGGUCGCUUCUCCAACGGCAAAACCACCGUCGACGUCAUCGCGGAGCAACUGGGAUUCAACGGCUACAUCCCGCCAUACGUGUCGGCAAGAGGGCAGGCGGUCCUGCGAGGAGUCAAUUACGCCUCGGCGGCGGCGGGGAUUCGGGAGGAGACCGGCCGGCAGCUGGGAGGCAGGAUCAGCUUCAGCGGGCAGGUGAGGAACUACCAGAACACGGUGAGGCAGGUGGUGAGCUUGCUAGGGAGCGAAGCCGCGGCGGCCAACCUUCUGAACAAGUGCAUUUACUCCAUCGGGCUGGGAAGCAACGAUUACCUGAACAACUACUUCAUGCCGCAGCUCUACAACACCGGCAGGCAGUUCACCCCGGAGCAGUACGCCAACGACCUCAUCCAGCGCUACACUCAGCAGCUCCAGAUCAUGUACAACUACGGCGCCAGGAAGUUCGCGCUGAUUGGAGUCGGGCAGAUCGGAUGCAGCCCGAGCGAGCUGGCACAGAACAGCCCCGACGGGAGGACCUGUGUGCAAAGGAUCAACGCCGCGAAUUCGAUCUUCAACGACAAGCUCCGGUCUCUCGUGGAUCGGUUCAAUGGGAAUACCCCCGAUGCCAAAUUCAUCUACAUCAACGCGUACGGGAUUUUCCAGGACUUGAUUGACAGCCCUGCCCGUUUCGGGUUGAGAGUGACGAACGCUGGGUGCUGUGGAGUUGGGAGGAACAACGGUCAAAUCACCUGCUUGCCAUUCCAAACACCGUGCCGGAACAGGAACGAGUACUUGUUCUGGGAUGCUUUCCACCCGACGGAGGCGGCGAAUAUAGUCGUCGGACGGAGGUCUUACAGAGCAGCGUCUCCUUCCGAUGCUUACCCUUACGAUAUCGCCCGCCUCGCCCAGCUCUAGAAUCAGAGAGAACGGCGGAGGCAUUGCGGCAGUCCGUCUUCAUAAUUGAUGAAUUAUUGCAUACUUUUCGCGGCAACCAUAUAAAAAUACUCUGUUUUUUUUUUGUUUUUUGUUUUAGUAUCUUCAUGCAAAUGUUCAAACAGUUUGUGUCUGUCUUGUCUCUGUUUUUGCCACCUAUUUUGUAAUGUAGUAAACGAUCGUGUAACGA